ACCCUCCUAAAUGUUCUCGAAUAACAGCGGUCUCGCGGUGGAAUUUCGGGCUUGAUCGGCGCGCCUGGUGUUGCUAGUGAUACGGUGUACGAUGGAGAAGCCAUGACGCACCCGUCGCAUCAAACGAACGGCGCCAGCUUGGAGGACUGCCACACGAAUUUCUUCGCUCUGACGGACCUCUGCGGCAUCAAAUGGAGGAAACUCGUGUGGGGCGAGGUGGCCGGUGGCUUCGGGGGCACCCCCCUUGAAGAUCCGGUACUGUCGAGUUUCUCACGGUGUCUCGCGGGUGACAUUCUCUGCGUAUGGCGGAGGGUGGCUGCCUCACCGCCCUCAGGAGGAUCCGGGGCUACCGGUGGGGGCGGAGGUAUCUUCGACCUGGGCAUCGCACCCUCUCCGGCACCCCCGCCCCUCUCCCUCACCGCAGCCAAGGAACUUUGGAUUUUCUGGUACGGCGAGGAACCUGAUCUCUCCGGACUCGUCUCACCGGAACUUAUCGCCUGCGAGAGCGAACAAGGAUCUUGGGAGAGCGGACUGUCUUACGAGUGCCGGUCACUUCUCUUCAAGGCGCUGCACAAUCUUAUCGAACGCUGUCUGCUGUCCCGUGAUUUCGUACGGCUUGGCAAGUGGUUCGUGCAGCCUUACGAUGGCUUCGAGAAACAUCGCUGUAACAGCAGUCACUUGUCCUUCUCCUUCGCGUUCUUCGUUCACGGCGAGAGCACAGUAUGCGCUAGUGUCGACGUCAGGCAACAUCCUGCUGUUCGUCAUCUCACCAGGGCCUGCUUGCAGAAGACGCAAACGUCCCAGUCUGGGGUCAAGGUGAUCCUUGCACCUUACGGGUUAGCUGGUACGUUGAUCGGCCAGGUCGGCAGAGUGGACAGUCAGCUUCUCGAAGAGUGGAAGCAUUUUUAUCCGAUCAAUGGCACCAGCAGCGAAUCAGGAUUACCGCCGUUGGUGGAGGUGCUCGUUGGCGGCGUUCGGAUGCGAUAUCCAUCCUGCUACGUCCUCGUUACGGAUAUGGAUGAUACGCCGAUCGAGACUCCCUUAUCGCCACCCAGCAGUCCUGCCAGCUACGAACAUCCGCUUUCGACUCAACGCGACUUGAAGGCGGCAACCGAAUUGCCGGAACGCGUGUGGGCCGAGUGCACUAUCAGCUCGCCGCUACCUGCUUCCAAGAUGACGGAAUCUUCCCCGGAACCUGGCACCUGGACCUUCGUCGACCCGACACAAAAGUCUUCCUGCAUCUGUACCAAGUGUGCCACCCCCGGGGGUUGGAAGGGCCUGGUCUCCUCUCAGAUUCAGAGGGAAAGAGUAGAUAAAGGUGGGCGGAGGGUCGUACCGUUCCAUCGACGCUCUACCACCCAGUGGGACGUUUGUCCCUCUGUCCCUGCCAAUGCCCCCAGGUCCGUGCUGAACAGAACGGAAGCACCUAGUACACCACCUGGUGGGCCACCCUCGUACCCAAGAGGUCCUCCCACGGGUGGCGAUUGUCUGCCAGUUCCAUCUGUGGGUUCACCAGGAUCACCGGCCCCGUCGCCACUUCCUACGCCGCACUCGGAACCAGCUUCCGUUCCACCAGCUGAUCCAACGAUGCCGACCCUCAGUCCGCAGCCGCCUCCAAGUCAGCCGAACACAGCGGCACCUCUGACACCUCCUCAAGGACCGAAGUCGACGGCUUCGUCAGCCUGCAACAACCAAGUGCUCAGUCCAGCACCUGGUCCUACCUUGAAGCGACCCGUUCUGGCUUCGAGGGAGUACGAGGGUGCUCUCCUAGAAGACGAGCAACCGCUCUCGUGGCUCUACGACUAUUCGACCCAGGAAGCCUGGCUGAAUCAUCCCGUGAAACGAUUCAAGGGCUCGCCAACCGGACCUACCAAUUUACGCAGCAACAAUCUCUAUCCGCCAACGAGUAAUCAGGUGCAUCAGGCACAGGCUCCGAAGUUGGAGAUCAAGCAGGAACCCAAUGCCGCGCCUGGUGAGUGUAUUGGGGGUAGAACAGAUCCGUAUGAGUUUGACGUAGCGGGUGAGGAGAAUGGCACGGGAGUAGAUGGACUCAGACGGCAGAGGGACGAUCCUCCGAAGCCUGGUUCCCUAUUUACCAGCGAGGGACUCCAGGCCUCGUAUAAGGACCUCGAUCAGAUAUUUGAUAAUUCCGAUCCUGAUACUUCCAGCGAUGAAACCAAUUUAAACCAGCUUCAAGUACAAACACCGCCAGGCUCGAAUAAGUCCGGCGGCCUCCACGAAGAAACCAGGCUGGACGGGACGAACAAGCAUAACAACCGAGGGGUAGGCGUACUUCGUCCUGAGGAACUCUCAAAGAUGUUCCCCACUCCACCGUCCUUGGAGCACAACCCGGUAGCCUCUCCCUGCCAGCUUAGCGAUCCUCCCAUGGAUCAGACCGAAUUAUCUGCUCCCCAGCGUCCUCUGCGACAUCUACCGGACAUUUAUCCUAACAUGGGGUCUCCACCAGAGGAACCCAUCGAGGACUGGUCCUACGUGUUCAAGCCAGCGUCGAUCUGCAAGCUCGUCGGUUCUUCCAAAUAUGCUCCGCUGACGAAUCUGCCCAGCCAAUCCCUGCCACCCGUGACACUGCCGUCGCACUGCGUGUACAGACCCUCCUGGCAGUGCAAUCCUACUCCCAGCAAUCCUGAGAAGACUCUUCCGCCUACCAGGCCAGGCUCGGUUCAACAGCCAUGUUCUCCGAGUCCAGCACCUCUCGGUGCACCCUACCGUUCUACGACGAUGUCUGGAAGACCACCGCCGCCACCAUAUGACCAACCCAGUCCUGCUACGUCUACGACGUCGUCGUAUCUCAAUAAGAAUCUGAAUAGCAUCGAGGCUGACACGCCAGGACCAACCCGAGCUCCCGAAUCGAAUUCACUGGUGGUCAACAUUCUUCUUGGCGACACGGCUCUCAACAUCUUCCGGGAUCACAAUUUCGAUAGCUGCAGUCUCUGCGUCUGUAAUGCCGGGCCGAAAGUCGUCGGGAAUAUUAAGGGUGCGGAUGCCGGUGUCUAUCUGGCUGGUUCCUGGGGUUCCGGUAGUGCUCUUUUCCAGGAUGACGAUCAGAUUAGGUGCAGCUGUGGGUUCAGCGCUGUGGUAAACAGACGACUUGCGCACAGAGCUGGACUCUUCUACGAAGACGAGAUGGAAAUCACUGGAAUUGCGGAGGAUCCCGCAGAGAAGAAGAAGGGUUCUUUGGUCGCUGUGGCGUGCGGAGGAGGGAAAUGUCCCGAGGGUCUGGACUCGAUACCACCCAAUGUCCUAGAACUUCUUAGGGAACAGUGUCUGAUAGUUCAGAGUUCUGCUAGUAGUCUCUACAGAGCCGCUAGAAUAUACGCCAGCUCCAAGAGUUUCCCGCCUCUCGCGCCCACGGUGAAUACCCUCGAGUUCAACGAUGGGAACGAAGUGUCCCUGGCCGCCCUUGACCAGGGCAAGGUAGACGGUUCGCAAAACGAAAGGACAAACCGUGUGAACGGAGUACAUCGAUGGGCUUUCCUCAGAGCCAGAGGUCCUCAAUGUAGCGGCGACAUCGUCCGGAUGAUGAGGUCUCUUCAGCCUCUUCUUCAAGAAGCAGUGCAGAAGAAAUGUACGACCAGAAUGUGGGAGGCGCCGUACACUGUAGCUGGACCACUGACCUGGAGGCAAUUCCAUCGUCUAGCUGGGCGUGGAACGGAUGAUCGCUGUGAACCUCAACCCAUACCGGCGCUAGUUGUUGGCUACGACAGGGAUUGGUUGUCCCUAUCACCCUACGCCCUGAGCUACUGGGAGAAGCUUCUUCUGGAGCCUUACGCUGGACCUAGGGACGUUGCUUACAUCGUCGUAGCACCAGACAGUGAUCCAGUUAUUAACAACGUUCGUUCAUUCUUCCGAGAACUCUCUACUACCUACGAGAUCUGUCGACUAGGUAGACACACUCCUAUUUCGAAAGCUCUGCGCGACGGAAUUCUUCGCGUGGGCAAAUCGGCUGCCCAAAAAUUGACCAAGCAACCGAUCGACGAAUGGUUCAAGUUGCUCGGCGAGAACCAAAUAGGCGAAUUAUUAGGGUUAUAUGCCCAAGUUUGUAACCAUCGGCUAGCACCGUACUUGACCCAGGUCAUACAGGACCGUAGUCUAUUGGACCCUGGUGACGUGCAGCCUGCGAAUAAACAGCAACAACAGCCUGCCGCUCCUACUCCAGAGGCGCCACCAGCCACGCCGGAUGGAACGACACCGAAACCAGAACCAGUUGAGGGAGAAAAUACUAGAAGCGAGACGCCAUCUUCGAACACGACACCAAAUACUAAUUCAAAUAUGGGUAACACGACGCCUACGUCCCAAACGACGACCACGACGACCACCACCACCACCACCACCACAACUACCGUAGGUCCCGACGAAGAGGAGGUAGAACCACCAGCCGUUGUCGUGUAUCUGGUGGAACCGUUCUCUCUAGGAGGACCUGAAAAUCCUGAUCGUCGACGACUCGCCAUCCUGGCUCUGCUGCGUGCUUACUCCGCUGCUGUUAACAGCAUGCCAGAAAAUAUUCGAUCCAAUAUUAACGUUCAGCUGAUAUCCUUGGAAAGCAUAAUGGAGUUGGGACGGGCUCGCGAGAGACGAAAAAUCCAAGACGAAAUGAGAGCACUGGCGUUGAAUGUCUUCCUUCAAGGCCGGCGACUCUUGAAUCACAAUUCGACAGUGAAAAGUCUCACCGGAUUCGGAACCGCAGCAGCCGCUGAUCUGUUCCUUAAGAGCAAAGAUGAUAGAAACAAGGCACCCUACAGGCUUUAUGCGCCAGCAUACGUGCUGGCUCCACUCAGAGCCAAAAGCGAAGCACCCGAAUCCUUUGGAAUGGCAGGUCCCGAGGAAUGCGCGGUGCUUUACCUGAGUUAUUGUCUGAGCGAGGAUCAGUCAUGGCUGCUGGCGGUCGCUACGGAUGAUCGAGGUGAGAUAUUCGAAACGGCAACUAUCAACAUUGACGUGCCGAAUAGAAGACGACGGAAACGAGCUUCUGCUCGACGAGUCGGUCUUCAGAAACUCAUGGACUUCAUACUCAGCGUUAUGUCGCAAGGGGUACAACCAUGGAGACUCGUAGUUGGUCGAGUUGGACGCAUUGGUCACGGUGAGCUCAAGGGCUGGAGUUGGUUGUUAUCUCGCAAAGCCCUUCUCAAGGCGUCCAAGCAUCUCAAGGAAAUUUGCGGCCAAUGCAGUCUGCUUUAUCCCUCUGCCGCACCCUGUGUUCUCAGCGCUUGCUUGGUGUCCCUCGAACCGGACUCUACCCUUCGUUUAAUGGCCGACCAAUUUACUCCGGACGAGAGGUUCAGUCAAGCCUCAGUCAACUGCCAACUGUCAACCCCGCAAGACGUUACCUGCACUCAUAUACUCGUGUUUCCUACAUCCGCCACUACUCAGUCGUCCCAAACCGCGUUCCAAGAACAACACAUCAAUGGACCGGAAUUAGGGGACGAAGAAAUGUUCUCUGCGCUGAAUGACGAUAUGCCUGAAGGUAUGGAAGGUAUGGGAGAUUUUAAUGACAUCUUCAGCCUAUGGCCUGAGCCCGGUGCGGGCGGAGGUCAAAGUCCUGGAGGAAGUCCUCAUCGUCCAGAGGGCUCUCCUCUCGGAGGCGAUGGCGGCGGAUCUAGUCUAGGGAAUCACGAUGGCACCGGUAGUCCAUUCCCGCCGGUCAAUACACCAAGGGCGGCCGUUGCCGAACAAACAGAAGAGGUGGGUACGCUUUUACAACAACCGCUGGCUCUCGGUUAUCUCGUGUCGACCGCACCUACCGGAAGGAUGCCACCCUGGUUCUGGGCAGCCUGUCCUCACCUCGAGGGCGUCUGUCCUGUCUUUCUGAAGAAUGCCUUGCAUCUGCACAGUCCCGCCAUCCAGCAGAAUAGCGAUGAUCUGUUACAACAGCAGAGCGCACUGACCGCUCAUCCCUUAGAUUCGCAGUACACCACCGAUGUGCUCAGAUACGUGCUAGAGGGUUACAAUGCUCUAUCCUGGCUGGCAGUAGACGCAAACACAAAAGAUCGACUGUCCUGCCUCCCGGUGCACGUGCAGGCGCUCAUGCAGCUCUACCACGCUGCGGCAGCCCUCGUCUGACCCACACCUUAUCCUUUUGUAGCGCAUCACGCGCUCCUCUCUCUCGCAUUCGUUAUCGUAACGUCGUCUGGGGCUUUACGAGUGCGAUCACCGCAUCCAUGCGUUCCACCUUCGUCGACGUCUUGAGGAACAUUGCGUAGGAAUAGUACGAGGUUAAGAGAGAGAGAGAGAGAGAGAGAGAGAGAGUGAGAGAGAGACACAUUAAAGACCGAGACGAAGGGUAAGGAUAAAAUGUGGAAAUUUAUCACGCGUGAUAGUCAAGAACCAGAAAGGACAAAGGUCGAGGAUGACAAGUGGCCACUAGAUAAGAAAUAGAUAGAUUACUCGAUGCGAUAAAGGGCAAUGAUUUUCGAUCACAGCCCGUUCCAUUCAUACUUUUUUCUAACCGCCGGAAAUUCGCAAGAUGGCGGUAGCGUCUUAGACGCUACUCUCGGGCCAUCCUUCUGCUCUUUAUGGGAAAAUAAAAGAAGAAACUUCGCACGCAAAUGGACGUGACUUAGGGAAGAAUGUAGGCAAAGAUUAUGUAGCAACGUGUAAUGGUGGCCGUAUGCGAGCGGAGUGGAACUCACGCGACGUCGAUAAAGAGAGAAUUAAACGGAACGAGAGAAAGAAAAUGUAGAACGCGCAUAGGAGAAGUUAAUAACAGUAGGGAUGACUUUUAAAAAUAUAGAGCUCUUAAUGUAGUCUCUCAGUCGUGUCGCAUAGAUAGUCCAAUUGAACGAGUCGGAGAUUCGCGUAGGGAUCAUUAUAUAAAAAAAAGAAAAAAGAAAAAAGAAAACAUAAAUGAAAAGUAAAUGGUAUUAAAAACGGUAUCCGAAUGUUUUUAAUUGUAAAUUGAAUUUUGUACAGAGCUUUUAUUAUCGAUAGCGACGAAGUAAUAUAAUGAUAUUACGUUGUUUUUUAAUUUUAUAUAGAUAAUGCGACGACGGGGACGGAACUCGCCGUUUCCUGUCGGACACUCCGACACUGAUUAUACACACAACCAGACACACAGGUUAAAAACACUCGUAUAUAUUACCUCCCAUUAUAUAUAUAUAUUAUACACAGCAAUGAUAUAUAUGUAUAUAUAAUAUUAAUUAUAUAUAAUUCAAUGUUAUAUAUAUACAUAUAUAUAUAUACACACACCACACGUGUAAUUAAUUUUCUGUCUCUCUACACCAAGGGAUACGCCUCGUACAAGCCCCGGCGAUAAUCGCGUCGAAAAGUAAAGAUAAAAAUAGUAAAAGCAAAGGAAAAGAAAAGACGUAAAAAGGAAAAGCCAAAUUCGUCGUGCGAAUGAAAGAAGAAAGAAAUAUAUAUAUGCAGAUAGCCCUGAGCGAGGUUAUCCCCCGCCCCACUUCUUAAUAACGUAACAGUUUAAACAAAAAUUAUUAAAUCCUGUCGCUCCAUCCCGUUGUUUAUUGUUGUCACGUGUAUAAAGUCCAAUUCGCAAGCAGCCGUCGGGCUUCGAGCGACAAUAACUCCGAAAUGCGAUUGACGGCUCCCCGGGUCGUCGUCGAAGGAAGUCGGCGUGACAAGGCCUCGCGGGCCGACUCAUGAUGCGUUAACGUUUAAUAGUGUAAAAUAUAUAUUGUUUUUUAAAUAAUUUAUCAAACGAAGAGGGACACGACGAGACGAUCCUUUCUUCGUCGAGAAUUAGCUAAUUUUAACUAAUGUAUCGGAGAGGUUUUGUUACCCGCGACUGCGACGACAAAGAAAAAAAAAAAUGAAAAAAAUCACAAGACACACCAUAGUCAUCCAUUGAUUCUGACCAGCGUCCAUUAUCCAGACACCAAAAAAAAGAGAGAAAAAAAAACCAGCAGCACCACCAACCAUCAUAUGCAUCAACCACCAACGCUAUUCCCACGUCCUUUAAAUGUUAUCAGGAAGAAUCGAGCGGAUUGUAGAAUUAAAGAAAAAUCUAUCGAACAGCUAAAAUUUGUAAAGGAAAUAAUAAUCUCAAAGAAUAAAUAUAAUGAGAGAGAGAGAGAGAGAGAGAGAGAGAAAUCGGGGCGCGCAUGAGCGGAGAUCACGGUGGCGAAAUUGCGUCAGUCGCAUAGUACAAAUAUGACUUGUACAUAGGUUAUCCCUUAUAAAUCCCUUAUCACCCUUGCCCACUUCUCCAUCGAUGAUACCUUCCAAAUGUCUCCCUAUCUCCUAGAACUCGAGACACCAUUCUCAAUUUCCCUACCCUGAUUAAUUGGUUAAUUAAUUGACUCACACACCACCCACACUCACUCUGUAUCUAUAGUAUUUAUUACUUGGGUAGUACGUCAUUAUUGGGAUUAUUAUUAUUAUUAUUAUUAUUACUAUUAUUAUUAUAUUAAUAUUACGAAAUACAGUUUUACGUGUAUAUAUAAUUAUAUACCCCAUUCUGCAUUCAA